GCCGCGCGCGCGGAUAGCUCCGCGGAGAUGGCAGAAGACGCCGACGCAAGCACUGGCGCUGGUGUCAGCGUGCGGGCGGUGCCUCCUGAGGAUGCCUAUCCUCGGGUCGCCGCCUACGUCUCAGUUCUUGGGAAGCCUCGUGCCAGGUGCUGCGUGGUGCUGCCCUGGCUGGCCCUCAGCCUUGGUGGCCUGUCCACCUUCCCUCGGCUCAUCCCCGAGCUCGAGUCUUCGGUGCCGCCGGUCCAGGGCACGCCGUCCUACACGGCGAUGCAGAGCCUUGAGUAUUAUCAACGGAUUUUCCUGGGAGUGAUUUCAACGUUGCUUUCCUCGUGGAGGCAGUGA